AAUGAGAAGCAAGCUGCAAACCCUGCUUCUGACCAGAGCAAGUGCUCAGCCUGUCUUCCCUGGCCUCUGCUGCACGCGUGCCCAGGCAGCACUGCGCUCCUUGCUUUCCUUCCUCUGUUGCAUUUUGUAUCCUGGUAACAUCGCUCACGUUAGAGCCAGUGUACGCUGGUAACAUGGCUGAGUUUUGGGGUGCAGAGAGGUCCCUGUGGUCCGCUGAGCUGUUGUGAAGACACUAGCUCCAGGAGGAAUGAACAAAACUCACCCCCAGAGGAAUGGUGAUGUAGCUCCUUUUGAUCCAGCAAAGUCCUUCUCUGAAGAAAGAGGCUGCUGCCGGCCGCAUGGGGCCUGCCUGUGCUGCCCGCCGAGGUGUGUCUGUGUCACCGUGCUGGUGCUGCUCCUCUUGGCUGCCACGGCGGCCAUCGUGGGCCUGGCAGUGGCGCUGGGGCUCCCACCACACUCCCCAGCGAACCGCCUCUGUGCAGCCUCCAAUAACCGGACAGGCUUCUUGUGUGACGACAGAGUGACUUGCAUCCCAGCCAGCCAGGUCUGUGAUGGAACCACCAACUGCAGAGACGGAGAGGAUGAGCAGGAGGAACUCUGUGGCGACCUGCCCCGCAGCCUCCCGGCCUACCUGGUUUUCCGCUGCGGUAACCCUGCACACUGGGUCUAUGCUGACAAGAGAUGCAAUGGGAUGAACGACUGCGGGGACUGUUCCGACGAGAUGGGGAGCUUGGCCACCUGCCCUCCGUGCGGGUCAGCGUGGUGGAGCUGCAGCCCCGUGUUCUACGAGUACUGCGCCUGCGUGCCCAGGUCGCUGUGCCGCGACGGCAUCCAGCAUUGCACUAGCUGGUCCGACGAGUACCUCUGCACACCGUGAAGCCUCAGCACCAGGAAAUGCUGGACGUGGCGGGGUGCUUCCUGCACUGUCACCUCCCAUGCUGCUGUCCUCCUGCUCUGGAAGCUCUGGCCUGAGCAGCCCCGGUCAGCAGCGUGAGGGGACAGGAGCGCCGUGCUUCUAGCUUGUGGCCACCGUCUGUGGGACACUUUCAUGGGUCCUCCUGAGCACUUCCCUCUGACACAUCUUCACGUUCCUGAUGUCCGUGGGCAGGAGAAGGUGGUGUCGGUGUGUAAAGCACGUCUGCGGGUUGUUUCGGCAGCUGCUUUGAAGGCUCUGUGCUGACGCAGCUGGGAUGCUUCCUGUGGGGCCUGGUGUUGGGGUGACACGUCUGGGGAGCCACCAUCCGGGCCACCUCCUGCGCUGCGUUCAAACCAUGAAGGUCAGGGUGGAGAGAGUAAUGGUGAGGGAACUGCAGUGGAUAUGUUGGGGUUUGUGGGGAAAAAUCAGUGUUCCUGUGGCGGUGUAGCUGUCCUUCCAACCAGCCUGGGCACUCGUGGGGGACCAGGGCACAUGCAAAGUGUGUUUGCCUUGGGGCUGUGUGGUUUUGGAGUGGCAGCUCCACAAGCAGCCACGGGGCUGGGAUGCAUUGCACUGCGUUCGGUUAGCAAGGAAUAAAGGUGUGUGGAGGGAUCCAUGGCAGCCUUGGAGUUGGGCAGAAGAAAACCAAGAGCUGCAGCCACUGCUGGGAGGCUGCGGGAUGACUCGGGAUCUGCUCGCUGCUCGGUUCGCUCCUUUGCCAGCCAGGCCUUCAAAGCAGGCCGCAGGAUAGCGAUGUGGAUGUGCCAUUGAAAUUUAAGAAAGCUGUGUUCUUUCUCUGCUCCUUUGGAAAAAAAAAUCUCAUCUGUGUCUAAAACAUUGAAUCUGAGGAAAACACGUAUUUACUGUGAGUGUUCCUACUGUUCUAGGCCCAAAAUAAACAUCAGGCACUGUUCUCCCCACCACCAUCCCAGGUCACAUAUCUUUAAAAAUAAAACCCA